AUGAACGGACAAGACUCUUUAGUUCAGCCUCUGCUGACCGACUUCUACCAAAUCACAAUGUGUUACGCCUACUGGAAAACAGGCACACACAACGAGCCGGCGGUGUUUGACGUGUUCUUCCGCAAGAAUCCGUUCCACGGAGAGUUCACCGUCUUCGCGGGGCUUGAGGAUUGUCUUCGCUUUGUGGAGAACUUUAAGUUCAGUCAGAGUGAUAUCGAGUACGUGAAGAAGAUUCUUCCGGAAAACGCGGAGCCAGAGUUCUACGAGUACCUUGAAACACUCGAUGGAAGUCAUUUGACUAUCGAAGCGGUUCGAGAGGGAUCCGUUGUUUUCCCGAAAGUCCCUCUUAUCACUAUCUACGGACCAUUGGCAAUGUGCCAACUUCUCGAGACAUCUUUCCUGAAUCUUGUCAACUAUGCGAGUCUCGUUGCCACAAAUGCCGCGCGAUUCCGUCAGGCAUCUGGCGCCAAGUUGUCUUUGCUGGAAUUCGGAUUGCGUAGAGCGCAGGGACCGAACGGCGGAUUGACGGCUAGCAAGUAUUGCUAUAUUGGUGGUUUCGAUGGGACGAGCAAUGUGUUGGCUGGAAAGUUGUUUGGAAUACCGGUGAAGGGAACACAGGCGCACAGCUUCAUCUGCUCGUUCUCGUCACCAGAUGAGCUGAAACUCCGUUCUCUCAACCACAAAGAGACCGCCGAGACAAUGGAUCUCUUCCAAGCAUCCAUCGAGAAACGCGGAUGGCUUCUCGACCAGAUGGCAUGGGGUGUCGUACAAUCAGAAGUUUCCGACGGAGAGCUCACCGCAUUCGUCGCCUACGCAAUCGCUUUCCCAGAUUCGUUCCUCGCGUUGAUUGAUACGUAUGACGUGCUUCGUAGUGGAGUCGUCAACUUUGUCGCCGUCUCGUUGGCUCUUCAUGAUUUCGGAUAUCGAUCGAUGGGAUGUCGAAUUGAUUCUGGAGACUUGUCGUAUCUCUCCAAAGAGUUGAGACGUCGUUUUGUGAAAGUCGCUGCUCUCAAAGAAGAAUACAAAUUCUUCGAAACGAUGUGUAUCGUCGCUUCCAAUGAUAUCAAUGAGGAAACCAUUAUGUCGUUAAACGAGCAGAAGCACGAGAUUAACGCAUUCGGAGUUGGAACUCAUUUGGUGACGUGUCAGAAGCAGCCGGCACUCGGAUGUGUCUAUAAGCUGGUCGCACAAUCCGCACAGCCAAAGAUAAAGCUGAGUCAGGAUGUGACGAAGAUCACGAUUCCCGGCAAGAAGAAGUGCUAUCGAAUCUUUGGAAAAAAUGGAUCGGCGAUUCUUGACUUGAUGAUGCUGGAGGACGAGCCGGAGCCACAGCCGAAUGAACAGAUUUUGUGUCGACAUCCGUUUGAGGAAUCGAAACGAGCACUCGUCAACGCGAGUAAAAUCAUCAAAUUGCACAAUGUCUAUUGGAAAGACGGUGUCCUUGCCACACCCCUUCCGACACUCAAUGAGAUUAAGGAGCACGUGAAUUUAUCGAUCAGUCAGACACUUCGUGAGGAUCAUCGUCGUUAUUUGAAUCCGACGCCGUAUAAGGUAUCCGUCUCGGAACGUCUCUACCAAUUCCUCCACGAACUAUGGCUUCAAAACGCACCGAUUGGACAACUCGAAUAG